GCAAUGAGAUCAGCGGCUAUAUGUCUCCGGAGUAUGCAGUGCAUGGCCUUUACUCAACAAAAUCCGACGCAUUUGGCUUUGUAGUUAUUUUGUUGGAGAUCGUGAGCGGCAGGAAGAAUGCAACCUUCGAUGAGCCUAAUAGCUCAUUGAACUUACUUGGAUAUGCUUGGGACUCAUGGAAUGGCAGACGAUGCAUGGAGUUAAUGGAUCCGACAAUGGAUGUUUUGUGUUCAGUGGAUGAUAUAAUGCUGUACAUUCAGGUGGGUCUGUUAUGUGUUCAAGAAAGUGCAGAGGACAGGCCAACCAUGUCAGAUGUGGUUUCAAUGUUCAGCAAUGAAAGGACAAGUUUACCAAGGCCUAAUGUCACGGACUUAUAUAGCUCCUUUAGCUCCGGGGGAGACAUGCGAUAUGGUGCCAUUGCGGGUGGUUUGGCACCGGGCUCCAAGUUGAUGCAAUGA